UGUUUUUCUUUGCCUUGUGAAAACGUGUGGAUGUGUUUGAAUUAACCACCACUGGAAGCUGAAAAGAAAAUCUUCCUCCACUUGGACUCACGCUCAGUGCUUUGGAUGCUGUAAUCCAUCAGUGGUGAGCUAUGUCUGCUGUCUUCCCAGCUCUGAAGCCAGCUCUCAUCACCAUAGCACCUUUUUGCUGAACUAUGAGACCUUUCAGAGGCAGAGGCUGAUGCCUACAUCCCAUGGUAGGGUUGGUAAGGAUACAAGCCCACGUCCUAUUUGGUAUCCUACAAGCUAAUUCCAGUCAUUUCUUCUGGCAGGAGCUUGUUCUCUCUUGUUUCAGAGUAAAACAGAAACAUGACCAGCACUGUUUACAGGCGUGUGGAGCACUUGGGAGGGUUUGGUGUUUGUUUGAGUUGAAAAUUAGCUGGUGAAACUGUUGUGUAUUUUUGACUGCUGCCAUGUGUUCCCAGUUAGAAUUUCUGCUUAAUUCAAGCUCCCUCCCUCUUGUCCUCCAGCGCGCCUUGAUCCUCUUCUCUGUGUUCUGUGGGAUGGAGUCGGGGUUGGCUUGGAUUUCCCAAGCUCAGACCCCAGUUAUGGGCAGUGGCUGGGGGUGAGGAGUGGGCAUGGCCAAGGGCUGCCCCAGGGCUGCCAUCAGAAAGGGGGAUGUGGGCUGCAGCCUAAACAGCUGUGGGCUGUGCUGUGUGCUCUGUGCUUUGCUCUGUGCAUCUCUACUUCUAGCUAAUCUGUUCCUAUGCUUGUACCUGUAUGGAAAUGUGAAAGAGAUAUGUGUAAGUCUCCCCAGUGGUAAUGCUGGAAACAGCAACAGAUACAAAGAGCACAAUAGCACUGUUUGGUAGAGCAUGUUCUCAGCUACAAACCACUCCUUAUUAACUUAAUAUCUUAAUAACUUUAAUAGCCACUGCUAUUAGUUAGGUGUUUUUGUCAGUGAUGAACAAGAGCUGCACGCUGCACUUAUAAGCACUUGCACAAGCAGAGGUCAUAGUGCCAUAGUCACCGUGCCACUGCUGGAACGUGGCAUGCACCUCUCACUGUGCCACAUCCACUGGUUGGGUGCCAUAAACAUUCAUCAGGUGCUGAGGAAUAUCAAUGGGUGCUGGUUUUUUUCACGUGGGCAGGUUCAUCCUUUGCUGCAAUCCCACCAACAUCCGCCUCUGACAUUGUGGGCUGAUGUCACAAAACAGGAGGCAUUACUUUCAGAGCAGCCCGGUUCAGAGGGGCUGAGUGAUGUCCGUGUGUUGGAGAAGGGUGUUCUGGUUUGGGGGUUUCUAAUGGGAGUGUCUCUACACGGAGGUGCUGUUGAGAGCUGUGUGCUCUCCCCCAGCUCCUUCCCCAGAGCUGUGCCGUGCACAGCCUGGAAAACUGCUGAUUGACUUUCAUUUGCAGAAUGCUAUUAGCAAGCCAGAAACUAUUUCAAACAAAGCCAAAAUCUCAACCAUGUGUUGUCAUCCCCAGAAUUAUUACACUCAUCAGGAAAGAGGAAAAAAAAACCCAAUAAUAAUAAUUCAGAAAAACCCCUCUGGGAAAUGAUGAAUCAGUAAACAAGUAAAAGGCGACUGUCAUCUGUGUGCACCCUGCAGAGGGAAUUCCGCAGCCCCACCGCAGUGAUAGAAGCCUUUCACCACCACGAUGCUGCAUCAAAGGGCUCCUCCAGCACCGGCGAUGGCUCUGCAGCCCAUCUCCCUCCUCUCCCUGGUGUUGGCGUGGGGCUGCGUGGCCUCUUCCUCCCCCUGGCAUACAGCAGUUGCUCCCCCCCUAGACCUUCAGAUCACUGAUCCUGGGCUUUUAGGUUCUCUCGAUAUAGAGUGGAAACCUCCACCCAACGUACAGACCUCCAAUGAAUGCACAGUGAAAUACAAGUGUGAAUACCGUAACACUGGCGACAGAGAAUGGAAGGUUAUUUUUACUAGGAAACUAAAACUCAGAGUUGGAUUUGACCUCAGCAGGACUGCUGAAGUGAAGGUCCAGACCCUGCUCAAAGGAUGGUGUACCAACGACGUGGAGGUUCAGAGUGAAUGGGUUUAUGCCACCUUUCGGGUCCCACUGCAAGGGAAACUGGAAACUGAGGUUCAGAAUUUUCAUUGCGUCUAUCAUGACUGGGAAUACCUCAGGUGCACAUGGCAACCAGGUCUCCUUGCUCCUCGUGGUGUAAAUUAUAGACUAUACUAUUGGUAUGAGGGUCUGGAGCACGCAGUGCAGUGCGACAACUAUAUCCAGGAUCAUGGUAUAAACAUGGGCUGCAUGCUGCAAAACCUGAGCCAGGCAGAAUACAAAGACCUGAGCAUCUGUGUCAAUGGGUCAGUGGCAGCCACCUCACUGAGGCCUCUGUAUGCCACCCUGCGCCUUCACAACCUGGCCAAGCCCUCGCCCCCCCAGCAGCUGGUGGUCUCCAUGUCUGCAGCUGAGGAGCUCCGCGUGACAUGGAGCCCACCUGGUGGCCAAACACCCCCCCAGUGCCUGGAGUACGAGGUGCAGCUGGCAGAGGAGCAGAGGGAGGCCAAGGCUGCCUGGGCGUCCAUGUCCACCCAAAUGGAAACUGUUUUCACCAUCUCCAGAGCAAAUCAGAGCCGUGUUUCUUGUGUCCGUGUCAGAGGGAGAACAAACAGUUUCUGUGCUGAUGAAGGCUUCUGGAGUGAAUGGACACAGGAGUGCUUCUCUGUAACCAGAAAAGAAGUCAAGCAGCUAUUUAUCCUCAUUCCAGUCAUCCUGGGGUUGUCAAGUAGCCUCUUAAUAUUUACGUUGAUUGGCCAGUGCAAGAAAAGUUCUUCUCCUGCAAUUUCCAUCAGUUACAUCUCGAUGUCAUCAUCUUCAUUGACAAGCGCUUCCCUCAGCUCUGUGCAGCUCAGCUGCUGUGCCUCAUCUGCUUCUCGUGAAGAAUGGGAUGUUGAGUUUGAGUCCUCAGACUGUGCCACAGAGUCUUCUUGGCUUCCUGGAAGCAGUUCCAGACUUGGGAGAACAAGGAAGAGAACAAUCAGUACAUGAUAUUUCCAACUGGAGAUACGCUUCCAGCAAACCAGCUCUGAGAUCUGUAGUUAACCCCUCCUGCAGCUCACGCUCACAAAGGGAUGGUGAUUCCGUUAACCCGAGGCUGCCUUUAGAGUGCAAGAUACCAGCUGGUACAUUUUUCACAGUGGGAAUUUAUCUGUACAGAUAGAGCAGUUUGAGUCUAGAAAACAGGGGCCAGGUUCUGUAGCAGAAACACACUGCCACCCUCAUUAGUUUGACUGUACAUGUGUCAAGAAGUCAUCCUCUGCAAAAACCUGCUUACUAACUGAGUUACUUUUCCCCUUGACAUUCUCAGCAGAGAUUUUGAGUAAGCAAUUUAAAUUAUUCCAGAUGACCUCCUCCUUUGUUGGAUUAUGCCAUGAAACAUCUCAAACACCCCAUUUUCCCCCUGAUAUGAAAGAACUUAUGUCUACUGGAAAAAUGGCACUGAUGAAGAACAAGUUGUGGUCAUCACCUGCUUGGAAGUUUUAUGACUUCAACACUGACCAAGGUGUAUUCAGGUGGGACAGAAGCAAGAAUCGCCUAGGAAGAUACAAGACAGAGUGUAUGAAGCACAGGUAAAAAAUUCCUAAGUAACUUCUUUUCCCAGAGAAGUUGUGGAUGCCCCAUCCCUAGAGGCAUUCAAGGCCAGGCUGGAUGGGUUUCCAAGCAGUUGGAUCUCGUGGCUGGCAACCCUGGUCACAGCAGGACAGGUGGAACACUCAGUGAUCUUUGAGGACUCCUCCUCCCUUCCCUGGGCACUGCUGAGCCUGAACCCAAAUAUACAACUAUGGUGCUCCUAAAGAAAGCAUUCUCUCGAAGGUUACAAGUGACCUUGGGUGUUUUUAACAGCGCAGCAUUAAUGGACAAAAUCCUUCACACCACUGAGCAAUCUCAGAAUCGUAGAAUCACAGAGUAUUACACAAUCAUUGCUCUACAUCUAAGCAAAGUAGAAAGUUUCCACAACCUGUGAGACAUCUGCUGCCUUCAAAGGAAACAGAAGACCUGUAAAACAUUUGAAAUCUCUACCUUUUCUUCAAGGGCAAUGUAAACCUUCCAUAUCCACUACUGCUUUUGCCAAUGUUCUUACCAUAGGUGGUUUCCUAGCUGGGGGCACAUCCAGGCCCUCAACAGCAGACAGAUGCAUCUCUGCUGCCUUCUGUCUCUGCAUUCUGGGGAAGGUGGUUUUCCAGUCAAUAGGUCUCACAGAUACCUUGUGUCCACCUAAAGUAAAAGGAAGAGAUUGCUGAUACAGUCUUGCUGUGCCUCAAGAGAGAUUCACGUUCUCUUAUCAUUCCCACAGCCCUUCCACGAAAUCAAAUACAUUUGACCAGUGGAAUUACAUUGCCAUGUCCAGGAUUCUCAGCAAUGUUUUCCACACAGUUAUCUCUAUCUACCAACAACUCAUAAAAAGGAACAAAGAAACCCAAUAGCUGCACUCAGUAAUAAUCCAGGGCAAGGAAAAAUUUGACACUUAACAAUCCUAAGCGACAGCAUUACUUUUCUGAGACAAGUACUCAACUUGUCAACUUGUCAACUUACUGCAACAAGCUCCUUGUGCUCACCCUUAAGUCUUUUCUUGCAAGGCAUUUUCUUUGCUUUUCCCUUCCUCUCCUCAGAUCUCUUGCGUUUUUGUCCAGCCAGGCCAUGGAAGGCAGUUGGGAUGUCAACUGCAGAGAACAGUCCCAGGAAAGAACAAUCUAAGUAGAAAGACAGUGCAUCAAACCCAGAUGUUCAGUGUCUGUAUCUCUCUCUGGUGCCUUCUCAACCUCUGCCUGGCUCCCCAGACCUUCUGCAAGGCUGCUGUUCACAGGGAGCCACUUGCGUCAGCUUCUGGCAGAAAGAAAACAAGAAAUAAUAGAAGAGCAUCUCUUUGGAGGAAGGUUUCAGCACAGUCAACCACAAGCUCCACAUUUUCAAGCACUGUUUCUUGCAGUUGCCUUUCCGCUGCUCAAAUGUUGUGCCGUUUCUACAGUCCUGCAAUGCAUUUACCUCUCUCCAGAAAAAAACCACCACUGUUCUGACAGCCAAACCACAAACUAAUAUUUCACUUAUCAUGACUCUUCCCUGCACUCCGCAAUGAACGGUUACUUGACAUCCUGCACCCGCUCAGAAGUAAUAUUCAUAAUUAAGUCUUUCAUGCUUCAUGCCAUCAGGAACUCACCGUUGCUUGGUGGUACGGUCGGUCCGUUCCCACCGCGUUCCUUCAGGUGAAGAAAAGUGCAGUGGGCUUUUUGACAGCCUCCUGGCUGAUUCUCCCAAAAGCAUGGAACGUCACUGCGCUUUUUCUGAAGAGAGAAAGAAAGGAAGGGUCAUGGAAACAGGCACACGAGGUUUGCAAAGAGAUGCAGCGCUCCAGGUCAUGCCAGAGAUAGGACUGUCACAGUGCUGAAACAUCAUUUAUCACUAAAGGAAACAUCUGGGAGCAGAUUUACAACAUAAGCUGUAACCACUCGGCAUAUUUUGCUUUCUUAUCCUUCAGGUAGAGGAGUCAGGCACUCUCAGUUCAGUGGGUUAAACCAAUGCACCUGCAAAAUGCUACCAUUAAUUGGAACAAACAGUGCCUUCAAAUGCCAUGGUUAAGUCAUCAGAAACUAUUUGGGCAGAGCCUUAGCUCUUUACCAUCAUUUCUCGCCCCACCCUUCACUACUCCAAGCAGCCAAAACAAACUGUUCUGAAGAAAUCCAGGACACAGAAGGCCUGAUAGACCAUAUCCAAGCCCUGCUGGCAGGAGGGCAGUGCCUGCUCUUUCCUACCAGCCUGCUCCAGCAGUUAGGAGUUUGAGCAAUGCAGUCUUUUUGCACCUGGGGAAAAAAUGCCUUUGGCACAUAAUGCAAACAUCUCUGGCUAAGAUAUACCUAAGGCAUUGAAUUCUCUUCCCCUACCUCCUCCCAGUCCCCUCUAGAAAUAGAAACCAGUAAGAUUUUCACAUCAAAUGUAACUAGCCUGCAGAAGUGCAUUCAGCCCACCUACAGCAAUGAAAAGUGGUUUUGUGGACUAAGCUGGAGAGCACAUCUUUAAGCAAACACACCAAUUCUCAUGUGCCUGAACUUGCAGUCCCUGCUGAAACAGCAACCUUCCAUCCACAUUUGGCAGACUUGUUCACUCCCGAGAGCCGCUUCACAGUGGCAGAAGGGACAGCUGUCUCUCUGCAAGCAAAAGGAAACCACAAAGGAAAAUAAGAGUACAGCCUGAAACAUGUCCAUGCCAUUAGCCCAGGUUGUUAGCAGCGAGCGCAGAAUCCCACUGAUUAUGACAGUAACACAUCACCAGUAGGUCACCCCCUGUUCCAGCCCUUUCUCUUAAAAGUGAGGAAAAGGAAGAAAAUCCAGGCCAAAGAAACCCAACCAUACCUUAAAACAGAUAGAGUAGAAAUAGAAGUAGCAGUCAUCUCUUUGCUGAUACAUGGGGAACUUCUUAGAGUAAGUUUGGGUCCUCUCCAAAGGAAUUCCCUGCUCUUGGAAAGAGAUGGCUGCAGUCUUGGACUGCUUGGAUCCCCAAAAUGUCCUCUUGGACAGGAAGCCUACAGAAAGUAUCAAUAAGGGAAGAAUAAUGAGUAAUAAGCAUCUCCCCAGCUUUCUUUUUAUGCAAUUUAGACUCUCGAGGAGGGCAAUGUCUCGGAAGCAGCUGGUUGCAAGAACUGUGCCAACUCUAGAUCCAACUUGUGUCUAACUGCCACGACUUCUCACAGCCAGUAGUGUCCUCCAUCUCAUUAACAAUUACAUACCUUGAAGCACACAUUUUGUCUUCCUGACAUGAAAAAGACUCCCUUCAUCAUCUACUCUUACUGCAGCUGCAAUGGAUGCACUGGUAUGACUCACAUGUUUGACAAACCUACAGUUCUGGCUUACCCGGGAACAGCUGCAGCCCUUCUCCCUUCCAGCUAACGUACCAGACCAAUGUCUGAGCAACACCCAUCAGCCACCACCACUAUCACUGCCAAGCAGGACGAGGGCUGACGCAGUGUGUCCACACUUCUGCACAGCACUCACAGCUGUGGCACUCACUGGUGGCAGCCAGGCCCCCAGGCACAGUGCUUGUGAUGUCACCAGAUAGUCCACGUCCCCAGCUGAGCACCUGGCUCUCUAGUAUGACUUCAGUGAGGUCUUGUGUAAUGCGUGGGCAGCCUGGUCUAGCAUUAGAUAUGGAAGUUGGCAGCCCUGCCUGCGGCAAGGGGACUGGAGCUUGGUGAUCCUCAAGGUCCCUUUCAAUCCAAGCCAUUCUAUGAUUCUAUGGUUCCAUGAAUUUUAAAACCAUUCUACCUUCUGUUUGCUCAUUUUCCAGCCUUAUAUGUUUUCAUUUUUCUGAAUACAAAAAGCAAACACUAUAACCUGCCAAUAAGGCUGUAAGGAGCUACUCAUUCCUUCGUGUCCACGGAGGACAUGAAAAAGCAGAAGUUGCAUCCCACCGCCCCGAGGCAUUGCUGCUGAGCGUGCCCAGCCCGUACAGCCGCUACCAUCUCCAUGGCCACUGGGUGUCAGCAUCCCUGCUUGAUCGCAGAGGAGAGGGACAGCCUCACUUCCACCAGAAUUCAGCACCUAUUGCAUGAAAAUCGAGGUGACAGUGGCUCUCACUGUGAAAGCGAUGCAUUUUGCUCUCUGUGAUGUUAAGUAGAGAAAUGCUGUAACAUACGAAAUAUCCCCAAUUGGAAGGGAUCCAUCAAGUUUUUCACCCAGAGGGUGGUGAGGCACUGGAACAGGUUGCCCAAGGAGGCUGUGGA